CCCGGAGAACGCGCACGCGCGCCGCCCCCGCCCCGGUGUCGACCGCCGCGCGUGUCGACUGGGGCUGUGACCUGCACCGGCCGGCCGCGGGGCCUGCAAGCGGCGCCUAGGCGGCGCAGUGACCGCGCUUGACUGCGAACCGGUGCGCGGCGAACACUACCGCCAUGAGCGUGGUCGGCGCCAAGCUGGGCGGCUUCGCCGUGCUGCUGCUGACCUCGUUGGUGCUGGGCCUGCUGCCGUUCAAGCUGACCCCGCUGCUGCUGCGGCGCGCCGGCACGCAGCACGGCCGUGUCAAUAUGGCGCUCUCCUGUUUACAGUGCUUCGGUGGCGGCAUCCUGCUGGCCACUGUGUUCGCACACAUGCUGCCCGAGUUCCGCCAGAGUCUGUCAGAAGUGGGGCCCGGCGCCGACUUCCCACUGGCCGAGGUGCUGCUCUGCGUCGGUAUGUUCACCAUCUACGCUAUCGAGGAACUAGUGACGAUCGGCGUCCGCCGCAGCAGCGGCGGCGGCGGCGGAGGCGGCAGCAGCGGCAACAGCAACGCGGAGGCGCCCAUUCUGAAGACGGCGUCUGGCGGCGGGGAUGGCGGCGCCGGGCCACCGGCUGCUGCGUCGCGGCCCGACUACGGCGCCGUGGUCGACUCGGCCGGCGGCGGCAGCAGCGGACACGGCCACUCGCACUCACACAUGGCACCGCCGGCCAACCUCGGCAGCUUCCGCGUGCUGAUCGUGGCCGUGGCGCUGUCGGUGCACUCCGUGUUCGAAGGUAUGGCGAUCGGGCUCGAGGCCACGGAGACCAGCGCCUGGCUGCUCACCGCCGCCAUCGCCACCCACAAGUCCAUCAUCGCCUUCUGCCUGGGCGAGCAGCUGGCCACAUCGCCGCAGCCACUGCGCACGGCCAUCAUCACCCUGCUGGUGUUCGUGCUCGCCUCGCCGGCUGGCAUCCUGAUCGGUAUGCUAGCCUCGUCCUCCGACGGCGAUGUCGCCUCGCAGACGCUCAUGACGGACGUGCUGCAGGCGCUGGCCGCCGGCACCAUUCUGUACGUCGUCCUCUUCGAGAUCAUCAGCGGCGAGCGCGCCAAGCCCGGCAACGGACUCGUGAAGCUGUCGGCCAUCCUAGUCGGCUUCGGCUUCAUGCUGCUGGUGACGAACCUGGUCAAGGAGCCGGAGCCAGAGUCGGACGGCACGGCCGUCACGUCGGCUUCUCCUCGGACCGCGGUCUAGCGCCGCAAGGCCGCAAAUGGUGCCGUGUAGGGCAUGCCGUCGAUGGUUGCGCCGUGCGCACGGAUUACUAGUGAGCCUUCACACCCUCUAAGUUUUGCUCGCUUUGACAGAGUUCGAGGAGGAUGACCACUUCCAGUCACUCUACCACCCCAUCUUGUUACGUAAGACUUCAUCACAGAACAGUCGCCUUGCGCGUUUGACUGCCAUCAUUCCAGACAGCCUUCUCAGACAAGUUCUGUGAACCAAUUCCGGCCGUACAGCUAAGGUCCUCUUGCCCGCCGAGUCUAGUCUAUGAAGCUGACUCCUAAUCCGAAUAGCAUUCACGCAUACGGGAGUGAAGCCUCGAUUGUACGAUUUCCUACCCCAAAGUUGACAAUGAUGCUAGAGGCAGCACGUCGCAAACGAUGUCGCCACUAUAUUUUUUCAGCGAACGGCGUCUAUUUUGAGCCAUGUACACAACUGCUGGCUCAAGUGUGCUCUGUUUGAACGGAUAACAUCGCGAUGCACGAUGGAAGGUGGUUUGAUGUAGAGUUAAGCGACUACUCUUGACUAACGCUGAUCUGAUGCCACUGUAGAAUGAAGCCAGUGCAUUUGACUAACGUUGAUUUGAUGAAAAUGAAGCGACUGCAUUAGACUAACGUUGAUCUGAUGUCAUUGCAGAAUGAAGCGACUAUAUUUUACUACGACUGUUAAGAAUGAAGGUUAGGUUGCUUUGAUUUUACACCGCCGUUUUACUCCGGCUGCAGUGCGCGCUCCGGCCAUUUGUUCGCAUCGAAACGCUACCAUUUUAGUUAGAUCGACAAUACGAUAGCCAGCGGUCCCCAACUUAAGCGAGCUUGCGUUCAACAUGUCUAUGAUUUGGAUAUCCAGACUCAUGCGAACCGAAGCAAUAAACCCGAUGGACAGUAACAGCGCGGCGUGCGGUUGUUUUAAUGGAAACCGUGACAAAACACGCAGGUAGGUAUGGGCAUACCAUGAGGUUGCCUUGUCAGGCCGUCUCUCAACGUCAGCA